AUGGGCUACUGGGCCCUCAUGUGGGUGGCCUUGGUCGCGGAGGAGGAAUUCAUUUUCCGCCGCAACAAAGGGUAUAAGUGUGAAGAUUGGAAUGAUCCCUCGAAGCUGCCAGUCGGGAUUGCCGGCUUGACUGCAUUCAUUAUCGGCUGGGUCGGUGCGGUGCUGUCGAUGAUGGACGGCGCCGACCUUGGUAUGCCAGUCGCCGCCAGUUUGGCGGCACUGAUCUACCCUCCCCUUCGGUACUUAGAGCUGAAGUACUCUAAGCGGUAG